AACGUUCUAAUUUCUCAGCCAGGAUCAACUGGGGAUUCAGCAAUAAAACCGAAAAAAGAAACAAGAAUAACCCUCAAGCUCCGGAUCAAAGGAAGGCGAAGGGCCCUUGGCGAUGGUGCCUGUCUUCUGAGAAGACCACUGGACUCGCCACCCUCACCUCCCUUUUAUCCCCCUUUCUCUCUUUUCUUCCCAAGGGAAGGGUUCUGUUUUGAAGAAGAAGAAGAAGAAGAAGAAGAAUUUUCUAUUAUCGACCUGGGCUGACUUUCCAUUAAAACUACCUCAAAUACAGACUCUUUUGCCUCAAAGCUGGUGCUUCUAAUAAUAAUAAUUGUGGGUUUUUUGUUUUGAUUUUUUGGGGUGUGCGUAUCCGUGUGGCGUUGUUUACAAAACGUUUGAUGACAUUAAAGGCAAGGAGCUGUCCUGGGUUCUGAAUCUAUUUUGAGGGGCCUUUGCACUGAAGCCAAGUGAAGAACCUUAUGAUUGCACUAUAUGUAACUCAACUCAGAUAAGAUUUCACUAGGAAACAAACAUCUCCUGCCUUUCAGAGGGAAUUGUCCAUCAGCUUUCUCCCAACGUUUGCUCCUCAUCAGCACCUUCCACCUCCACCUGCUGAAGCAGAACAGGCACCUACGAACUCUUUGUCACCUUUCUUCUUAAGAGCACUUUGGAAAUCAUUCUCCAGUCAUGUUCCAGCGCCUCACCAGCCUCUUUUUCAGUGACAGCAGCACACCUGAGGACCUUGAGGAACCCAAGGCCUUCAUCUCCAAGGAGGAAGAAGAAGAUGGGUGGCUCAUUAUUGACCUACCAGAUAGUUAUGCUUCAGCCUCCAGCAAAGAAUGGCGGGUAGGUGAGGCGGAUUCUGUUUGUGGUUCUUGUCACCACCACGAGUCCCUUCCACCUACCUCGUCUUCGCCCCACUCCCUCAGUGACUGUGUCAGCAGGUCCAUGCCCUCUCAGCCUGACCCCUGCUUGAUGGACGAGAGUUGGUUUGUUACCCCUCCCCCCUGUUUUACUGCAGAAGGUCCUGAUCCUGUCAGCAUGGAGAGUAACCCCAUGGAGGACCUCUUGAUUGAACAUCCCAGCAUGUCUGUGUAUGUCACCAGCAGCACUAUUGUUGUGGAAGCCCAGAAUCCUGAGGAGCACAUCAUCCCUGAUGGGGAAGUACCUGAACGGCGUUUGCAGCGCCAUGUUUCACACCACUCCACCUCUCUUACCACCAAGGCAGCCAUCCUGGAGAAGGUCAACCAAGUGCGCCGGAUUCAGAGGGCAAAGCAGCUGGCAGAGAAGCACAACCUCAGUCAGAAAGUCAUGCAGAGGCAGAACCGUACCCGAGAGUGCCGCCCACGACGGGCCAAACACCAAGGCAGCUUUGUCUACCAACCAUGCCAGCGCCAGUACAACUACUAAGCUACUUCAGGAAGUCUACACUGUGGGGCAUUAUCCUUUUAACUUUCAGCUUCACCAGUUCCUCACAAUGCUUUCUUCAGCCAAGAGGGUCUUCUUCGUCCAUUUUCUGAAAUAAAUCCAUCCCCAAUCCCAGGAGAGAACCUCCUACAUUGUACUAAACUGGCAAUAUUCAAUGGUAGUUCUUUUGUGGGCUUUUCUUAGGUUCAUUCCCCCCCCCCCCCCCCCGUUUCAGCCACAACUAAUUUUCUUAUCAUUCACUUUCUUUUCUCCUUGGGUUUAAGCUCCCCCCUUUUUGUGCUAAUUCCACAAAUGUUGACCUUGAUUUGAAUUUGAUUUGAAGGAAAAAGAAACCUGAGAUGUCCCAUUAAUAUUAAGUAGCAAAGCUGUAGGUCUACUUUGAAACUCCAGUUAAUGUUUUUGCUGUUCUUGGAGAAACAUGUUUGUAUCUUGGGUACCAAGAGAGACCAUUUCUUUUUAUGUGGUAAUUUCCUUGGUUCCUAGAUAGCAUGUAUGUAUACACUGGGUAUAGUAGCAGUUUCCAGUGCUAAGAGUAAUUUGGUGCUUCCAGUGAAUAUAUCACAUUUCAUUUUCUAAACAUGUGUCAUAGGAGGGACAAAGUGCCCUGUCAUUUCUUUUUGUCCUUCAUUGCUGCACUAGGGGGCCUGUGACAUCAGUGCCUUUCAUUAUGAUGUCACACUCUUCAAAGUGGAAACAGACUGUGAUGUCACAAAUGGGGAUACCAGGUUCAUGUGCAAACUGGAACACAAAACAAUAAAUAGGUCCAAAAUGUAACGG